AUGGCUUGCGAGUCGUUACGUGUAGUGCAAGUGGAUGCGAAUAUUUUGGACCGCGAGUACAGCAAAGUGAUUGAGCAGCAGGUUACCCAACUCAUGGUCGAGCUCCCGGUUUCUAUCAGUCCUACCUGUCAGAAAAUGAAGCCUGAGAUACAGCUAUUACUUGAGGGAAUAUUAUGGACAUCGAGGAUUUAUAGAGGCGCCUCUCCUGGUCAAGUGGAAAUGGGCAUUUCUUACAAAAACUAUCCAUUCAGCAAGGUGUUUGCACAUUUCUUACUCUCAGUGGUCGUUCCUUAUCUUCGUGGUCGAAUGCCGGACAUUUUCGAUAGCCUUUUAGUUAGGAGAUGUUUGUCGAAAGCUGCAGCUAUGUAUGAGGUGAUAUCCAUUAUCCAUUACUUGAAUUUUCUUCGUGUUGGUGGUCACAGUACGCUUGUCGAGUCAUAUCUGAGCUUACGGAAUUGGAAUAACAGGCAACCUACUAUUGGCACCAUCAACUACGAGUCACAGAAUAGGGAACUAUUAUGGCACACGUUUCGCGACGCACUUCUGCUGCUUUGGCCAGCCUAUGCAGUUAUCUACGAAAAAUGGUCUGAACGACACAAACCAGAACCUCAAUCAAAUGGAGAGGUACUAAGCUGCGGAAAAUGUGGAAAAACUGCGGUGGUCCCGAUGCGAAUGAAAGGCUGCGGACACAUCGCUUGCUACUGGUGCGUCACGUCACGUCGCGCUGCAGAAUCUGCACAAUGUACCGUCUGUGGAAAGGAUGAGCAGAAUGUCACACUUGUGCGAGGGCGUGUGUUGAUGUAG